AUGUUUAUGCGCCUGGCCACAAAUAUAUCGGCUAGUCCAGAUGAAACCCGCCAUAUCAAGUCCCGGGAUGCUGGCCGAACCAUCAAGGUUCAUCUGUAUCAGCCUUCCGGCUCGGGUCCAUCACCUGUCCUCCUCAACUUUCAUGGAAGUGGCUUCGUGCUACCCCUCCAUGGUGGCGACGAUGAGUUUUGUCGACGAGUCAGUCAGGAAACUAAGCACACUGUCUUAGAUGUCCCCUAUCGUCUGGCACCAGAACACCCGUUCCCCGCCGCCCUGAACGACGUGGAAGAUGCCAUCAAAUAUGUGUUCACGCGUCCCGAUGAAUUCGACCUGACCCGUGUAUCUGUAUCUGGAUUUAGUGCCGGGGGCAACCUCGCGCUGGCAGCUGCGUCAAGCCUCUUCGCUCCCGAUACGUUCCACUCCCUGCUGGCAUUCUAUCCUGUGACCGACCUAAGUCCUGGCCCUGGUUCAAAGACUGCCCCAGCCCGUGGUGACUUUGCAAUUCCCCUUCCAGUCAUGCGUCUCUUCGACCGCUGCUAUGUACCCUCAUCGGUUGACAAGCGGGACCCGCGGAUCUCUCCGCUAUACGCCCAGCCGGAUCGAUUCCCCCAGCGUGUCCUUAUGAUCACCGCAGAUGGGGAUACUCUCGCGCUUGAGGCUGAGGAACUGGCCCAGAAGAUCAAGAACUCGCAAGGCUGGCAUGUGGUCAGCGAGCGCAUGGCGGGCUGUAGCCAUGGAUGGGAUAAGAGGACGAGGGUGGGAACUCCACAAUACGAAGCCAAGGAGCGGGCUUAUAAAUUGGCAUUCGAUAUGCUGAAUGAGUUGAGCUCAUGA